AUGGCCGCCGCGCUCACCGACAUGGCCGACCUGGAGGAGCUCUCCCGCCUCAGCCCCCCGCUGCCCGGCGCGGCGGCGCGAGGCCGGGCCGAGCCCCCGGAGGAGGAGGAGGAGGAGGACGAGGAGGCGGAGGCGGAGGCGGUGGCGAAGCUGCUGCUCGAGGGCGGCGCGGCGGGGCCGGAGCCCGAGACGAUGUCGGAGCCGAGCCCCGAGAGCGCCAGCCAGGCCGGCGAGGAGGAGGAGGAGGAGGACGAGGACGACGAGGACGCGAGCAGCGGCGGCGCCGAGGCGGAGGCGGAGGAGGAGAGCAGCGCCGAGAGCCUGGCGGGCAGCAGCAGCGGCUGCAGCGGCGGCGUUGGCGGCGGCUUGGGCUUGGGCUUGGGCGAGGGCGAGGGCGAGGAGACGCGAUCGCUCAGCCCCGGCGCGGCCAGCAGCAGCAGCAGCGGCGGCGGCGGCGAUGGGGACGCCAAGGCGGGCGCCGCGCCGCGCAAGGGGCCGCAGGGCAGCGUUGGCGGGGGCGGCGGCGGCGGCAACAGCAGCAGCAGCAGCAGCGUCGUCUCCAGCGGCGGCGACGAGGGCUACGGCACCGGGGGCGGCGGCGGAGGCGGCGGCGGCACCACCACCCGGGGAGGCGGCGGUGGCAGCAGCAGCAGCAGCAGCGCGACCUCCGGGGGCCGGCGCGGCAGCUUGGAGAUGUCGUCGGACGGGGAGCCCCUGAGCCGCAUGGACUCCGAGGACAGCAUAAGCAGUACUAUAAUGGAUGUAGACAGCACAAUUUCCAGUGGGCGUUCAACUCCAGCAAUGAUGAAUGGACAAGGAAGCACUACUUCUUCAAGCAAAAAUAUUGCCUAUAAUUGUUGUUGGGACCAGUGCCAGGCUUGCUUCACCUCUAGUCCAGAUCUGGCAGAUCACAUCCGUUCCAUACAUGUAGAUGGUCAGCGAGGAGGGGUGUUUGUUUGCUUAUGGAAAGGUUGUAAAGUCUAUAACACUCCAUCCACCAGUCAGAGUUGGUUACAGAGGCACAUGCUGACCCACAGUGGAGACAAACCUUUUAAGUGUGUCGUUGGCGGCUGUAAUGCCAGCUUUGCGUCUCAGGGAGGGCUUGCCCGCCACGUGCCCACACACUUCAGUCAGCAAAACUCCUCAAAAGUUUCUAGCCAACCAAAGGCCAAAGAGGAAUCUCCUUCUAAAGCUGGAAUGAACAAAAGGAGGAAAUUAAAGAACAAACGACGACGCUCAUUACCACGACCGCAUGAUUUCUUCGACGCACAAACACUGGAUGCCAUAAGACAUCGAGCCAUAUGCUUUAACCUCUCAGCUCAUAUAGAAAGUUUAGGGAAGGGACACAGUGUGGUUUUUCAUAGUACUGUAAUAGCUAAGAGAAAAGAGGAUUCUGGAAAGAUAAAACUUUUGCUUCAUUGGAUGCCUGAAGAUAUUCUGCCUGAUGUGUGGGUGAAUGAAAGUGAACGACAUCAAUUAAAAACUAAAGUAGUUCAUUUAUCCAAGCUACCCAAAGAUACUGCCUUGCUUUUGGAUCCAAACAUAUACAGAACAAUGCCGCAGAAGAGGUUGAAGAGAACUCUGAUAAGAAAAGUGUUCAAUUUGUAUUUAAGCAAACAGUGAACGGCAUUUGCAAUCAACUAAAAAUCCGUCUAUGGAAUUAGGGCUGAAACUUUCUCUUAGCGUGUUGCAGUUUGCCUGCUGGCCCCUUUGCAGGACUAGGGCUUUCUCGUGGAGUACAGUAUGUUUAAUAUUGACCUAUAGAACUCAUUUGUGAACGGUUUUUGGAAAACCUAUUUCAUAUUCUUUGAAUAAUCCUCAUGUUUUCUUUUUUUAUCCUAUAUAAGACUCUACUUUUUUUCUGAGGAAAGCAUUUGGUUUAUGAGUUGUUUUUUUCUUACUGUAAGAAAAAUUGUAUUUUUUUUAAAGUAUCUUCAAACUGAAUCCUUUAUGCACCAAAGUUGGUUUUGAAAGGAAAAAUAAAAUCACUUUCUUGCUUGGUAAGCAAGGAGCCAUAUGGAUUUUUUUUAACUUACAGAAAUGGAAAUAUGUGUAACUUGUUAGUAUUGUAUCAAACAAAUGUUGCAUAGAAAUAAUAGAACAUUGCUUGUAAAUAAUUCAGCAGAUUUGUAAUAUAUUUUUAUAUUAUGAAAUGUACUGUAGAUGUUUUUCUAGAGGCAUGAAAGUUAAAUGUAUAUAUUAUGGGUAGAAAUACUAUUGAAAGAUAUUGUAAUUCACUAGUGCUGCCAGAGGAAUUGUUAAUUAAGCACCUUCUUAACAAUAAAUGUCUUUUGCAGACUUAAGGGACUAUGUACUACUGUUAAUAUCUGUAAGAACAAAACACAUUGAACAUCCUUCCAGAAAGUCUUUUAGGGAGGACCUAGACCCAUAAUAGAAUUAUGGCACUCAUUUCUGACAGUAACUGUGAAAUUAUUUCCUUACUGUUGGAAGUACUUAUUGUAAAGUAUGUGGCUAUAUGCAGUCAAACUGCAGAAGAUACUCCUGAUUGAGGAGUUUUCACUUUACUACAGUGAUAGAAAACCAGCAAUUUUUACACUAAAUUUUUUUAAGAAAAGAAUAGGCAAAAAUAUAGAAUUAAACCUUUGGUUCCAAAAUGGGAAAGGUUCCAUGACACAUAAACCAUUUGUCAUUUACUUUGGGGGAAAAAUUAUGGGAGAUUUUAUUCAUUGACAAUGGGGGUAAAGAGCUCUAUAUACAUUAAUGAAUCAUGUAAAAUUAAAUGAAGUGCAAAUUGGAGCACUGUUACUAUAAGACAUUCUGGAAUGGUUGUUUAAUAAGGGUAUUAUUCAUAUGUUCUGUAGCAAAUGUGAUUUUAUUUUUUAAAAAAGAAAAGUGUUUUCUUUUAUUUUUGCUUAAGCACUUCAUCUUCAUCAUUGCUUUUUAUUCUGUAUUUUUGAAGUAAUCUGCAGUCUCUUUUGUUCUUUAAAUUUUUUGAUUUGUUAUAAAAUUGCCAAAUAGAGGUGUUUCAGACACAUAAUUUGUACCUGUAUUUUUUAUUUUGUUGCCUCAUGUUCUUGUAAGUCAUUCUUAAUUGACCGAUGAUUGUAGACCUUGCCUGAGUAUUUUUUCUAAUAAAACAAAGCAAAUCACA